AUGGAGUUACCAUAUCUGAGUGUUAGGGUAUUUUGGUCAUUUACCCUACUCCAUGCAAUCCUUCUCAACUCCUUUUCACAGUCGGAGUCUACAACGGCUUUAUUGAGAAAUGAGACAGAUCGACUAGCAUUGCUCGCAUUCAAAGACGGUAUUUUGGUAGAUCCUCUCGGAAUCUUGAGCUCAUGGAACCAUUCUCUCCAUUUCUGUCAAUGGGAGGGAAUCACCUGCAGUCCCCGUCAUCAAAGGGUCGCCAUCUUAAAACUCAGGGGCCACAGCUUGGUGGGCCACUUAUCACCUCACAUUGGAAAUCUCUCUUUCCUGAGAAGAAUCGAUCUCUCCACCAACAAAUUCCAAGGCCAAAUCCCUCAAGAAAUCGGCCGUUUAUUCCGUCUUCAGAAUCUCAACCUAACUGAAAAUUCAUUCCAAGGAGAGAUUCCAUCCAAUCUGAGCCACUGCUCAGAACUCGUAAUCAUUCACAUCGACCGGAAUCAGCUCGUUGGAGAGCUUCCUGCUGAGCUUAGCUCUUUGUCGAAGCUCAUUUUCCUUUCUGUCUUGAUCAAUAAUCUCAGUGGAAGCAUCCCAUCUUCAUUGGGGAAUCUUUCCUCUCUCAUGCUUCUUGAUCUAGCGAGUAACAAUUUGGGCGGGCAAAUUCCAAACCAGCUUGAUCAAUUGCCAGGCAUGAUCUAUUUUCAAAUAUCUGGAAAUCAGUUAUCAGGUACGAUUCCACCAUCGAUGUAUAAUCUCUCAUCCAUCCAGCUCUUUAACGUGGCAAUUAACCGUCUACAUGGAAGCAUUCCUUCCAACCUUGGCCUGGCUUUUCCACACCUGGAAGAAUUUCUUAUAGCAGGAAACCAAUUCACUGGAACGGUACCAAUUUCAUUGUCCAAUGCUUCAAGUCUCCAAACCGUUGAUAUUAGCAACAACAACUUUAGUGGACCCAUGCCUGCGAAUCUAGGAAGUCUUUUGGGUCUCCAGCGUUUCAAUAUCGAGAGAAAUCAGCUUGGAAGCAUGGAAGGUGAUGACCUGAGCUUCCUCACUUCACUGACCAACUGCACCAAUUUAAAAAUCAUAGCUGCUGCUACUAAUAAUCUCUAUGGUGAGUUGCCCGGCUCCAUUGCUAAUCUCUCGACAGGGCUAAAUAUGCUGAGUUUAGGAAGAAACAAGAUAUUUGGAAUCAUUCCCAAGGGAAUUGGGAAUCUCGUCAGCUUGUAUGCUUUGUUUCUGCAUGAGAACUCCUUGAAGGGUACUCUUCCAGAUGCUAUUGGGAAGCUUAGCAAGUUGCAAGCCUUGAGUCUCCAAACAAAUAAAUUUUCAGGGAAAAUCCCACCUUCAAUUGGCAACAUCAGUCGAUUGAGCGUUCUUGAGUUGAACAAAAAUGAUUUCCAUGGAAGCAUACCAUCAAGUUUUGGAAAUUGGGGAUUUAUGGAAAGAAUGUUCAUUGAUGAAAAUAAACUCACUGGUGCCAUACUGAAACAAGUCGGUGCAAUUGAAAUCAACCUGUCUCGUAAUUCAUUUACUGGGUCUCUCCUGCUGGAAGUUGAUAACUUGGUAAACAUUCAGGGAAUUGAUAUCUCAGAGAACAAACUAUCAGGUGAAAUUCCAGAUACAUUGGGAAAUUGUCAAAGCCUGGAGUUGCUCUAUAUGAAUGGCAACUUGCUUCAGGGAACCAUUCCGGAGUCUUUAAGGACAUUGAAAUCUAUCCAAAGGCUAGAUCUUUCGCGCAAUAACUUUAAUGGGCAGAUUCCAAAGUAUUUUGAAGAAUUUCUUUUCUUGCAGUAUUUGAAUUUGUCGUUUAAUAAUUUCGAGGGUGAAGUGCCCAAAGGAGGAAUCUUUAGAAAUGCCGGUGCAAUUUCAGUUGAAGGAAAUAGCAAACUCUGUGGAGGUAUACCAGAACUACAAUUGCCAGGGUGCCCUAAGCAAGCUUCUAAGAAACAAGGAAAGCCUCUUGCUCCCAGAGCAAAAGUCACAGUCAUUACUGUGGUUUUGUCUUCGUUUCUCCUGUCGUGUAUCGUUGCAGCUCUUUAUUGGAGAAGAAAUUCUCCAAAGAAAGCUUCUUCUCCAUCUUCCACACAGAAUCAGUGGUUACAAGUUUCUUAUGAAGAUCUCCUCCAAGCAACAGAUGGGUUUUCUUCAGCAAAUUUAAUUGGUGUGGGAAGUUUCGGUUCUGUAUAUAAAGGACUUCUAGAAUGCUUUGAAACACUUGUUGCAGUGAAGGUACUCAACCUCCUACAGCAAGGAGCUUUUAAGAGUUUUGCAGCUGAAUGCGAAGCUUUAAGAAACAUCCGACAUCGAAAUCUUGUCAAGAUCUUAACGGUUUGCUCGAGCAUUGAUUUUAAUGGCAAUGAUUUCAAAGCUCUAGUGUUUGAGUACAUGCCUAAUGGUAGUCUGGAGAAGUGGUUGCAUCCAAAUGUAGAUGAACAACCUCAAUUGAGGAAUUUGAAUCUUACACAAAGGCUGAAUAUAGCCAUUGAUGUGGCUUUGGCAUUAGAUUAUCUUCAUCAUCAUUACCAAACACCAAUUGUUCAUCGGGACCUAAAACCAAGCAAUGUUCUUCUUGAUGAUGACAUGGUUGCCCAUGUGGGUGACUUUGGUUUAGCAAGGUUCCUCUCUGAAGCUGCAGAAAGUUGCUCUCAAAAUCAGACCAGCACAUCUGGGAUUAAGGGAUCUAUUGGGUAUAUUCCUCCAGAGCAUGGGAUGGGCAGUAAGGCGUCCACACAUGGAGAUGUAUACAGUUAUGGGAUCCUUCUGCUCGAGAUGAUCACUGGAAAGCGGCCAACUGAUGACAUGUUUAAGGACAAUCAGAACCUUCAUCACUUUGCAAAGUCGGCUUUUCCCGAACAAGUAAUGGAGAUUAUAGAUCCAAGACUCCUCUUAGAAGAUGCUGAAGCUAUUCAAGACAGUGAAAAUCGUAACAAUUUGAGAAAUAGAAUGCAUGAUUGCUUGGUUUCAUUGGUCAGCGUUGGCGUAUCAUGUUCUGCAAAAUCGCCAAAAGAACGAAUGAAGAUGAGAGACGUUGUCAUAGAAAUGCAUGCAAUUAGAGACUUAUAUCUGGAGGUUGGGAUUCACCAACAGAGACAAAAUAGGCCCCUACUGUUAGGUGAAGGUUCAUCUUACCUCAGUAACUACUAAGACUAGUAGUUACAUUGAAGAAGAUUCCGAUAUAAAAUAGAACUGUUUGAUGUUUUUCUUAAGAAGCUCUAGAUAUAUAUUGUUCUGGUGUUGAAUCUAGGGGAUGACGUUUUAUUUUUUUUCUUGUCCUUUCCUUUCUUUAAUCUUGUUUUAAACAGAGACUUUGUCGCAGAUACAAUUAUUAGAAUC